AAACAAACCACCAUCAAUGACCGAAACCCACUGCUGAAAAACCCACAACAACAUUUGUAGAACAAAAAACACUGCAAGAGAAUGAUGCAAAAGAUGACAAACCCGGUCUCUUUCCCAGAAAAGGAUAGCAACAACACCAACAAUGCAGAGCCAAGCAAUGCAGGAAGACCAAUAAAGUUCAUUUACUAUGAUGAAAGUGGCAAGUUUAAAGUGCACCCAGAUGCCGUUGAUGCUCUUAUGCAAAUUAAAGGACCCAUUGGUGUUGUUUCUGUUUGUGGGCGUGCAAGGCAGGGUAAAAGCUUCCUUUUGAACCAGCUUCUUGGUACGAGCACUGGAUUUCAAGUUGGGUCAACCCAUCGACCUUGCACUAAAGGGAUUUGGAUAUGGAGUGAACCUUUGAAGAGAGCUGCAUUGGAUGGAACUGAAUACAGUCUUGUACUGCUGGACUGUGAAGGGAUUGAUGCUUAUGAUCAAACAGGGACGUACAGCGCCCAGAUAUUCUCCUUGGCCAUCCUCUUAUCAAGUUUGUUUGUUUACAACCAGAUGGGGGUUAUAGAUGAAGCUGCACUCGAUUGUCUCUCUCUGGUCUCUGAAAUGACCAAGCAUAUUCAUGUCAAAGCUUCUGGAGAAAAAGACACUGUCCCUGAUCUUGGGCACUUCUCCCCUGUCUUUGUUUGGCUUUUGAGGGACUUCUACUUGGAUUUGAAAGAGGAUAAUACAAAAAUAACACCCUGCAACUACCUAGAGCUGGCCUUGAGACCAGUGCUGGGUAGUGGAAAGGAUGUAGCUGCUAGAAACAAGAUUCGCGAGUCUAUUCGAGCUCUUUUUCCAAAUCGAGAGUGCUUUACUCUUGUCAGCCCUUUGAACAAUGAAGCUGACCUGCAACAUCUUGAUCGAGUUUUGCUGGACAAGUUUAGGCCAGAAUUUCUAUCGGGGCUCAAUAUGUUGGCAAAAUUUGUUUUUGAAAGAACUAAGCCUAAGCAAGUUGGAGGCACUGUUAUGACAGGACCUAUUCUUGCUGGUAUUACAAAAUCCUUUCUGGAUGCUCUUAACAGAGGGGCUGUUCCUACAAUAUCUUCCUCGUGGCAGAAUGUAGAAGAAUCAGAAUGCCAAAAGGCAUUCGAUACAGCCAUUGAAGUUUAUAUGUCUGCUUUUGAUCGCACAAAGCCUGCUGAUGAAGUUUCCCUACAAGAAGUGCAUGAUGAAGCAGUUCAGAAGUCAAUUUCUGUGUAUAAUGCUAGUGCUGUCGGAGUUGGUUCUGCUAGACAAAAAUAUGAAGUGCUUCUUCAGAAUUUCUGUAAAAAGGCAUUUGAGGAUUAUAAAAGAAAUGCAUUUAUAGAGGCAGAUAUACAAUGUUUAAAUGCUAUACAAAACAUGGAACGGAAGCUGAAAGCAGCUUGUCAAGUUGAUGAUGCACAAAUUGAAAGAGUUGUCAUAGUUCUUGAUAGUCUUCUAUCUGAGUAUGAAGCAUCAGUUCAUGGUCCAGCAAAAUGGCAGAAGUUGUCAUCCUUCUUACAACAGAGUUUGCAGGGUCCUAUUCUCCAUCAUGCUAAGAAGUUGAUUGAUGAAGCUUCAUCAGACAAAAAUGUCCUUAUCUUGAAAUGCAGCUCAAUGGAAGAUAAGAUGCAAAUGCUUCAUAAGAAGUUGGAAGCAAGUGAGAAAUUCAAAACAGAAUAUCGAAAGAGUUAUGAAGAUGCUAUAAAUGACUUGAAUAAGGUCUCUGAAUGUUACAAGAGCCGUAUAACUGAUCUGGAGAGGAAAUGCAGCUCAUUGGAGGAGAGGUAUUCUAGUUCACUUGAAAUGCUGGAUUCUGCAAAGCAGGAAUCCUUGGAAUGGAGGAGAAAAUAUGAAGAGACAUGGAAUAAGAAGGCAGUUAAAGACCAGGUUAAGGUGGGAACCAUGUCGGGGGCUCAUGAAGCAGAAGCAAGACUUGCUGCUUCUCAUGGACAAACUCAGUUAGCAUGGAAAAAGGCCGAUGAAUGGAAAGAGAAGUAUGUUAUUGCAGUUAAUGAAUUCAAGGCUAACAUAGAGAAGGAAAAUGUACUGCUGGAAUAUCCAAUUGAGGAUGUAAACUGCAGAGAAGAAGCUCUGAGUGCUGAGUCAUGCGAUAGCUUGGCAGAAAAGCAGGACAAUGAAAUUAAGGUCAAGAUAGCAAAGCUUGAGGAGGCUGAGCAGAAAAUAACCACUUUGAAUUUGGACUUGAAGGGUGCUCAAGAAAAGAUGGACAAAUAUGAGUUGGAAUUAUCAGCUCUGAAGCUUCAACUCAAGAACUUGAGUGAUAAGUACGAGUCUGUCAAAACUGUUGCUCAUGCAUUGGAGAUGCAAGCUCAGAUACUGGUACAGGACAGAACCCAAAUGGAGCAAAAGUACCUCACUGAGUCAAAAAGGUUUGAGGAAGCUAAUGAAAGGUGUAAAGUCACAGCAGAGGAAGUUAAGGUGGCAAAUAAGUUUGUUGAAACAGCACAAUCAGAUGUACUGGCUGCUCAAAAUUCUAAGUGGGAUGCUUCUCAGAUUGCAAUAGAAAGACUUGCCCAGAUGGAAACUGCACAAAAGCAGAUUGAAGACUUAGAGAGACAAAAGGUGGAUCUUACCAGUGAAGUUGACAGGUUGCGUAUAUCAGAAGUCAAUGCUAUAUCUAGGGUCGCUUUACUAGAAGCUAUGGUUAAAGAGAGAGAUCAAGAGUUAGAGGCAUUGAAAAUGAAAUGCGAACAAAGAUUAAGCUCAGUGCUAGGGGAAAAUAUAAUGGCAAAUGGGCCUUCUUUACAUGCGGAACUGCAGCAGAGAAAACUAGUUUCACCACAGGUGGAGUUAUCUCCUGACCAUUCAAACGAAACUGCAUUGGGUUCUGAGAUGAAAACCAUUGCUUGGGGGAAACGUUCAAGGCUGAAAGUUCUGAGUGCGGGUCAGGAUUCUGUCCAGGAUAUGGAUAUUGAUGAAGAAAUAGCAAGGGAAUCAAAAAAACCAAAAAUGGCCCUGCAAAAAUGCACGACAACAGAAGUUGAGAAUUCUGAUGUCAAGGCUAAUGAAGACAGUGAAGAUCGAAAGGCUGGUUCAAGGUCCUAUGUUAGGUUAACCGUUCUGAAGAUGCAGCAGGAGCUCACUGAACUUGGUUUUGGUGGAGAUUUGCUUGAGCUGAAGAGCUCCAAGAAGAAAGAUGUCUAUGCUCUAUACAAAAGACUUGUCCUGAAGAAGUAACAUUUUUUUUGGGUUUUGACUAAAAGAAUGGUUCUUAUCUGUAUAGAGGAAGUUAGAAGGACUUAUUAAUUUCGCUUGAAGUUGGACCAGUGAAGUCCUUUGACAUGUUGUCUGUUAAUACUGUAAUCACACAGUUGUGGGCUUUUCUUACCUAAAGCUCCCAUUGCUAGUGCAAUGAAAUUGGAACUUCGAUCC